AUGUGUAUCGCUCUGAUAUCAACGGCCCACCCGUCCUAUCCUCUGAUUAUAAUCGACAAUAGAGAUGAAUAUCUUCGUCGUCCAACAUCCUCCGUCGACUGGUGGGAAGCACCAAACUCUCAUGUCCUGGGGUCGCGCGAUCUAGCUCGGGCUACGCAAGGAACGUGGAUGGGAGUCACCAAAGACGGCAAAGUGGCAGUCUUAACGAACUACCGGGAGACUGCAUCCGACCAGGCCCAGGGAGUACAAAGUCGGGGUACUAUCGUCAACAGCUGGCUCACCUUGGCCCCUGACCACAAGCGAACCACCAGGGAUUUUGCUCACGACAUGAUUGAGAACUCCAUGAUCCAAAAGGUCGGCGGCUUCAGUCUGGUCUGUGGUCAUGUCAAUGAGCCACUGGCUAUUAUAUCCAACCGCUCGAAGGACAUCGACCACAUCUCAUGGGUUGCUACGGAAAAGAAUCAAACGCUCGGGCUCAGCAAUACGUGCUUUGACGACCGUUCGUGGCCGAAAAUAAUCAACGGGGAAAAGCUUACAAAAGAGGCCAUUGAUGCACACGUGCUGGCUGGCGAAGACGAGGAUGGGCUUAUCAACCGACUUCUUGAGGUUCUGAACACAGAUACGCUCCCCAGGCUUCCAGAGGAUGCACCUACCGAAUCCUACAUUCAUCUAUUCAGGAAUAGCAUUUUUAUUCCUGUCAUAGGGUCUCAGGAUGAGACCAAAAAAACUGCCGAUGAAGUGGAGGCUGCUUGUCUUGAAGACAAGGUGACGGAUGGCACCUCGAAGUUGACUCCCGGGAUAGACCCAAGCUAUACCCAGGGCGCUUACGGGACCCAGAAGCAGACGGUAAUCCUUGUGAGUGAGGGUGGGCGUGUGCGAUAUUUCGAGCGGACUCUCUACGAUAAUGACGUGAAUGCUAUUCCAAUCGGUAAAGGGGAUCGAUCAAUUGAAUUCACAGUUGGUCAAUAG